AUGAUCGGUACAGCGAGCCGGGCUCUGAAAUUUGCCUACCACCCACCUGAAGGUGUCAUCCUCCAAGAUCGCCCAGAAGAAUACUUUCGCCCAUUUGGAUACACUAUAUAUCGAACAGCUUACGAUGACGAUGAUCCGGAGCAGGACCAGGCCUGGGGGUCCCUCUUAGAUCGACUCUACACUGACUUUAAGCUGGAGAUCUCCAACACGUUCUCUAGGCGUCAGCACAUUGAGAGCGAGAGACAAGAUACCGACAAGCUCAAAUCCUUGGCCAGGUUCGACGGGCGGUCAGACGCUACCCUUCUCAAUGGCUGCAGCGUAGAGAAUUUACGAACCAUCUUUGAGGCUGGCGUUGGUGGUGCUCCACUCAACGUGGACGCUUCUAGGUUCAAGUACUUUCUUUUCGCCGACAAGGAUGUCUUGGACGGCGUCGCUCAUGGCGAAAGCUGGGUCAAGAUUGCAGAGCUACUCUACGAUGAUGCAAAACACAAUGCCAAAAGUCAUCCCCACCUGCCGUCGAAACAAACAUACUUUGGAUGGAUGAAAGUGUCCACUGGAAGUCUGUUCUUCACGCGGAUGUGGUUGGAGAACAUGACGUUGCGUAUGCUAUCGAUACAGGCACGUGGUGCAUUUCCUAUAACCGACGAGCUCUUUCCUGUAAUGGAAACCACGAGGGUAGUUGAGGCGGAAACUCGAUGGGAAAAGGCACGCAGGCUUGGAAUAGCUAUAAAAGACCUGCCGCAUUCAGAAGACGAAGACUAG